GCGGAAGCCUAGGCUACUGUUUUGAAGUUGUUCCCGGGCUGCUUUCAACUCUCCCACCCCCUAGUACCUUCAGCCCCGCGUGCGCACCCCCGCAGUUCUGUCCCGCGCCCCAAAUGAACAGCAUUUAGGGAAGGUAGGCCCUCAGGUUAGGCCGCUCCCCGGCGCCCUGCCGGCCACGGCUUAAUAAAGCGAAGCGUUCCUCUCCGCGGCAAGGCGAGGCGUGAGCCCCACCGCUUUCCGUCCUUCCUCCUCCGCGGCCAGGCUCGCUGGGCCCACAUGUCCACCCCGCCGCUGGCCGGGGCCGGGAUGCCGCCCGGGGCCUUUACGGGACCCCAGGCCCAGGCUGCCCGGGAGGUGAACACCGCGUCCCUCUGCCGGAUUGGCCAGGAAACCGUGCAGGACAUUGUGUACCGCACCAUGGAGAUCUUUCAGCUGCUCAGGAACAUGCAGUUACCAAAUGGUGUCACUUACCACACUGCAACAUACCAGGACAGGUUAGCUAAACUUCAAGAUCAUCUCCGUCAACUCUCCAUCCUUUUCCGGAAACUAAGAUUAGUUUAUGAUAAAUGCAAUGAAAACUGUGCAGGAUUGGAUCCUAUUCUGAUAGAGCAACUCAUUCCAUAUGUGGAAGAAGAUGGUUCAAAGAAUGAUGACCGUGGUGCUUCUGGCCAACUUCGUUUUGCCAGUGAAGAGAGGAGAGAAAUAGCAGAAGUAAAUGAAAAACUCAAACAGAAGAAUCAGCAGCUGAAACAAAUUAUGGACCAAUUACGGAAUCUCAUCUGGGACAUAAAUGCCAUGUUGGCAAUGAGGAACUGAACUGAAUUUUAAAUUUAUACUUUAUGACUAUGCAUAGCUAUUUUGUUCUCUUUGGUUUUGAUUCCUUCUUUUUUUUAACAGUAGCUUACUUGCCUUCAUUGCAGUGUUGCAAAAAUUAAUAUAAAUUAUUCCAUUAUCUCAGAUAUGCAUUAAAUAUUUGCUUUAUAGUUUAUAAGCAAUGUAACAUCUCCCUGUUAAAUAUAGUAACUUAUUGACAGCUCUUAAUUUUUUUAGUGUUCUAUAAUUCAGCAAUUAGGUGAAAAGAUAAA